GCAUCUCCCCUGCCCCCGCCCCCCUCGCCCCUUUCCUGCGCCCCGCCCCUUCGCAAACCGACACACCCUCACCAUGGAGCACCGUAUCGAUAGGCAGGAGUUCAUUGGCCACUUCCUGGACGCCAUGGCCCAACGGCCGAUCCAGGUCCCGAUGGUGGACUCCAGUCAGGUGGCCUCGGCUGGCGACGAAUCGUACAAGAUCCGCCUCUCGGUGGUCGGCGUGAAGGCCAAGCCGACCGAUGCCCUGGAGGUCCCGGGCACCGCCACCAUCGGCGAUGUGUACUCCAAGAUCGCCGAGGCCCUCUUCCAGCUCCCCGGCGCCGAGGGGAAGUCCCUGCGCCUGGUCUUCAAUGGCCAUGUCAUCGCCGAGGGGUCGCCUCGGUUGGCCGUCGAGUUUUUCAAGACCAACCUCUCGCCCCUGUGCCAUGCUAUUCUGAAGGACUGAAUUCUGACGGUGGGUCCCAUGGGCGUCACCAUACCACACCCUUUGCCAUGGUGGUUGCGCGCCCGAACGCGUGUGCAUGGCUUGCGCCUACGCCUGCAAUAUACAUCCAUAAAUACAUACACAUUUACAUGUA